AUGUCAACUCCUCCCCGUUCCCAACCGCCCCGAGUCUUCCUGCUCCAUAAGCCUCUUGCCCCCGCCCUGCGUCCCGAAACUGCUGACAGGCCUAUGCCAUUCAACACGAAUGUCUCUGUAUCACCUAUUUUACCCAAACAAAAGGCUUCAACUGCCUGUCGCGAGUGCAAGCGCUUAAAAUGCAAGUGUUCCAUCGGAAGCGGAACCACGGUGUGUGACCGAUGCAUCAAAAAUCAGACCCUUUGUGUCUUCGACCUAGACGAGGAUAUGCGACGGAAGCUAUCCCACAAGCGCAAGCUUAACGAACUGGAAGCAGAGCGUGGGUUUUUGCAGCAGCUGGUGAAUACGCUGCGCGACAGCUCCGAUGACAAGGCCCUGCAGCUGCUAGGUCUCAUCCGCAGUCAAGCACCCCCUGCCGAAUUACAGCUCUACAUUAAAAAUGCCAUGACCGAUGGGGUUCGGCAGCAGAGUCCCGUUGGGGCCGACAUGUACGACCGCACGCGAUCGCCAUCCAACACCAUAGACUUCCAUCGCCCAUCCCCACAUCGCGCUCUGACUAUCAAGCGACUGCACAGUUCUCCCGUCUAUCGCGUCCCCGCAGAGCCCUGGACGUCGGUCACCAAAUCCGAUGAAUUUGUAUCGCAUCUGGUCUCACUCUGGCUUACGUGGAGUCAGCCUUUCCAUAAUUGGAUCGAUCGUGACCUUUUCCUCCGCGAUGCUCAGGCAGCGAAUCUCAAUUCCCAGUGCUGUUCUCCGUUUCUGAUGAACUGCAUUCUUACAGAAGCAUGCUUCUAUUCAGAUCACCCAGAAGCGUACGCGGACCCUACCGACCUCAAUUCAAAGGGGCUUCAUUUUUACGAGGAGGCGAAACGAUGGUACGAUAGAAUGGAUGGUCAGCAUGACUUGACUACCUUGCAAGGCUGCGGGGUGUUUACCAUCUGCAAAGCUGCACUGGGAAAGGGCGAAGCUGCAUGGUGGCAUCUAGGUCAGCUUCGCAGUUUGGCCGCUGAUCACACAGAAACAUACUCGGAAUUAGCUCCUUUAACACCAGAGGGUCGUGCUGCGACUAAUGCUAUCUGGGGCAUAUAUAAUAUCUCAGUAACUACCUCGAUCACAUGGAUGAAGUAUCUCGCAACUACUCAGCCAGAUCGACCUCUUCUCCCAUGCGACCACGGCCCUGCUGAGACCUGGGUUCCGUAUCCACGCGAAGCCAGUCCCGUUCAGUCACAUAUCGCUUGUGUGUUCAACAACCUCUGCGAGCUCAGCACCAUCAAUACGGAUGCGAGUGCACUAGUCUUUGGCAGUGGCCAGAUACCGCCCCCAGAUAGUCUUCCGCGCACUUUGCAGAAAAUACGGGCAAGAUUAGAUGGAUGGAGAGAUAAUUUGCCGGAGUGUCUUACUCCGGAAAAGGUUACAGUACCGCAUGCUCUUACUUUACACAUGGUUUACCACGCAAGUAUCAUGAAUCUUUGGGGAUCCCUCAAGGGGCCAAGUGAUGCUGCUAAGGCCGGCACCGAAGGCAUGACGUUUGCAGCGAGAGAAGUCUGCCUGGACGCGGCGAAAUCCGUUGUUCAGCUCCUCCGCAUUUAUCGCGCGAAGUGGGGGAUUGACUACAUGUGUCUUACCACCGUAAGUUGCCUGAGCACGGCGCUUUUCACUUUGCUAAGCGAGCUCGGUGACCUGGGGCGUAAGAGCGCCUUCGCGGAGCUCUGCGUAGUCGCCCGUGCCUGUUCCCGCAGGUGGCCCCUGAUGAAGGGCCUCAUGCGCAUGUUGCAGCUUUCAGCGCGGAAAAACCAUGUGAGUCUUCUCCCAGAGACCCACGCGCUGUUUGUUGACUUCGAAGCAACCAUAUGGGAGAGACAUGAUGACGAGCGCUUUAAGAGUAUUUAUCCCAACUUUUGCAUCUAG